AUGUUGUUUUAUCUCACGACACUGAAUCUGGCACAGUGCUUGACUUCUGAAGGACCAGAGUUACCUGUAGAAGGUGAUUUUCCUGAUGAAAUCGUUAAAGCUUCAGAGGCAUGGACACAAAACGCGUUUUUGUGCAAAAAUUAUAUUCUUACCGCCUUGGAUGAUUCUCUCUACGACGUUUAUCAUAUAUUCCAAACUCCAAAACAGUUGUUGGAGUCAUUAGAGAAGAAGUACAAAUCUGAAGUUGCAAGCACUAAGAAGUUCAUUGUGGGAAAGUUCUUAAACUUUAAGAUGAGCGACACUGUUUCUGUGGUUAAACAAGUGGAAGAAAUUCAAGUUAUUGCUCAUGAAUUGAGGGAUGAAAGUCUGGGGCUGAUGAAACAAGAAGAAAACCGUAAGAAUGAGAAUUCUGAAUAUUCUUCUAUGGAAGCGAAAGCCAAUGUAGUUGAGGGAGACAACUCCAAAUUCAAGAGCUUUAAGAACAACAAGAAGGUGAAGAAGCCAUUCACCUUUCCAAAGGGCAUUAACUUCAAGAAAAAAGCCAAAGACUGCCGUCACAGAAAAGACGGACCAACGGUUGGAGACGUCAAUAACGCAAAUCUUGCCGAGAAUCAUUUUGUUGCUGUUGUUUCAGAAACAAACAUAAUGACAAACUCCAAUGAUUGGUGGAUAGACUAUGGUGCUACAAAGCACGUGUGUUCUGAUGUGAGUAAGUUCGUCACGUAUGAACAAGGUUCUAGCGGAGAAAAGUGUUAA